AUGAAGAUUGGGUUGUGGCUAUCAAGUUCUAUGGAUCUCAGAUUAAGCUUUACAAGCCUGCUUGUAAAAGCCAUGCCUCGGUUUAUAAACACGCCCUCGAGUCUCAUGUUUUCUAAGAAAGAUCAAAGGUUCUACGUUCCAACUCCUGGAUCAGAUUACUUGUACUCAUUGGAUCCUAACUCCAAGGAGAAUGACCAUCCUGAGUUCGUUAGUAUGUUUCCUAACUAUUUUGCUGAAGAUCAUUUUGAUCAAGAUGUGGAUGAGAUGAAUUCGUCUACCACAACUGUCCACUUUGUGGAGGCAGCUUCAGGCAAACAAUUCUUCGUCAGAUGGUCCUCUGAGUUCCCUUACUGGCCUCACCCUCUUUCUCUAGGUUCCUAA